GUGUGAACCAAUUUAUGAAAAACAGACCGCCACCAAAAGAUAUUUUACACUUUUCAGCCAAGAGAGAGAAAAACCUCCUAAAAAACCUGAAAUAAUGCAACAAUUUCUAUGACAUACACACUGAUUUUCAACAUUUUUUGGGCAUUUCCGCAUUUCAAUGCUUAUUCAGUUGACAACUCAACAACAAUAAACCCUUCUAAAAUCUAAAUUCGUCGCCUAUUUCUCACUCCUCUCAUUUUUCUUCUACCAUCAGUUCUUGUUGUUCAACAUCUGGGAAGAUGUUGAGAUUGUGGAGAUGGUAUCAAAAUUGCUUAGCAAUUCACCCAGUAAAGACUCAAAUGAUUAGCUCGGGCGUACUUUGGGGAGUUGGGGAUAUUGCUGCUCAAACUAUUACCUUUUCCAUGGCCAAAAAACCACUCCAAAUUGAGGAUAAGGAAAGGGACAAAAAGUUGAAGAUCAACUGGAAAAGGGUUGCUGCAACAAGCUUGUUUGGCUUUGGGUUUAUUGGACCAGCAGGUCACUUCUGGUAUGAAGGUCUAGACCGUUUUCUGAAAUUGCGAAUGGGAAUGCAACAGAAUUCUGUUCGUUUUGUCGCCUCAAAAGUUGCACUUGAUGGGAUAAUCUUUGGGCCUCUGGAUUUACUAGUUUUCUUUACAUACAUGGGGUUUUCUAAUGGAAAAAGCGUUCCUCAAAUCAAGGAUGAUGUGAAGAGAGAUUUCAUCCCAGCCUUGGCCCUAGAAGGUGGUAUAUGGCCAAUCCUUCAGAUUGCAAACUUUCGAUAUAUACCAGUGAGGUAUCAACUUCUUUAUGUCAACGUCUUCUGCUUAAUAGAUAGCUGUUUCUUGUCAUGGAUUGAACAACAACAAGACGCGGCAUGGAAACAUUGGUUUAAACAGUUUCUUCAUCUUGAUGGGCAAAAAGACAAAGGUGGAUGAUUGAGGUGUCUUUCUUUUUACUUGUCUGAUCCUGAAGAUACAUGCUGAAGAGAGUAGGUUAAAGAGUUCUAUCAAGAUUUAUGCAAUGCAAUCCCCACAGGUGGGUUUUUGGUAUCAAUCAGUAAUGUUGAAGCGACUUCGAUUCAAAUCCAACCGUUGCAUUGGUCUUUAUACAAAAGAAACAAAGACAUUCUCGAUUCUUGUUUCAGUAAAAAUGUUUUGAAUCAUAUUCUGGUGACCUAUUAAUGUUUUCUUUGCUUGCUGGCACAUAAUCCUUCUUAUUGUAAACUCUAAUUUUUCAAAGAGCAAAAGAUAUACUGAACGUUUGGUGAA